CUCCUCUCCAAAGACCAGCAACAUCAUCCACCGUUCACCCCCGCUAAGGACCUCCUCGCGCCGGCGUGUGCUCGAACAUGACCGCUGCCAUGCGCCUACGACACCCGCGCAGAAUCCAGGACGCAAAACGCACAUCCUGGGCAGACAGUCUGAGGAUUCAGUGACACCCAAAAUGUCCCACAGAUCAUUCCUGUCCUGCAGGCUUUAAACCAUGGGAAAUGCCGAGAGCCAGCAGGGGGACCAUGCCUUCUACGGCACAGAGCGUGGCUACCUGUCCCGCAAGCACACCUCCCGCUCCCUCCGCGUCCCCCCGAGCCACAAACAGCCCCGCCACAACUCCUCCUCGGGCAAGAUAACGCACCGCAACUCCGAGACUAGCACUCGCUCCAGCAGCACGCCGAGCAUCCCGCAAUCGCUGGCCGACCAUGGACUGGAGCCUUUCAACGAGACCAGCCUGCUCCCCGAUUUCGGCAGCCCCAUUUGGGUCGACCGCGUAGCCAUGAACUUGCGGCCGAUGUCUUUCCACAACGACACGGCCAACGCGACCGCGGAGAAGAUGCGCGCGACGAUGUUAGGUCCCACGGUGGAGGGGCUGGACGAGGACAUGUACGUGACGGAGGUGAAGUAUCUCCAGAAAGCCAAAGAGAACGCUAGCUGCAAAAAAAGACGCUCCAAGUCGGCGGACAUGUGGCGUGAUGAUAGCUUGGAGUUUUCGCUGUCUGAUUUGAGCCAGGAGCAGCUAACGAGCCAAGAGGACUACGCGCACUGUGACGCCCGCACGCUCGCCAACCCGGAUUCGGCGGACAACAGGGCGAACUCUCUGGACGAGCUGUAUACAAGGAAAGCGAGCUCCCACAGGCAAGCCAAGGGUAAAAGGCACGGAUCAGGUAGGGCCGCGAGGGAAGCCCCGGAGGAGAAGAUGCUGUCGCCCUCAGAGGAGGAAGGGAGUGGCUACAGCGCAUACACGUUGCCGUGCCGACGCUCCCACUGCCUGUCGGAGGGACGGAGGCAGCGCCAAGUGUCCAUGUGCGCCAGCAUGCAGGGCCGACGGGCUCAGACCAUACAGGACGUCACAGCUGGCGAGGGCAGCGAGUACGACGACAGCGGUGUGGAUGGACUCACGCCGGACUCGGAGCACCAACCGCGGCGCUACAAGACCAUGUCCGCCUCCUUCUCCACGGGUUCGGGCGGGGGGCGGGGCCUGUUCGCCGGCAGCGACAGCGGCAGCAGCAGCGGAGGUGGCGGUCCAGCAGGGGGCGACUGCGUUCAGGGCGUUUAUGAGAACUUCAGACAGGAGCUGCAGAUGAGCUCGUGUCAGACGGAGAGCCCAGAGGAGGGGGCCCUGAGCGACGAGCAGAGCACCCUGAGCUCCGCCUACCAGUCCGACCCGCUGCUCUCCACCGCACAGGGCAUGGUGCGCAAGGCCGGGAGGUUGGCCGUCAAGAACUUCCUGGUGCAUAAGAAGAACAAGAAAGUGGAGUCGGCCACCAGGCGCAAGUGGAAGAGCUACUGGGUUUCGCUCAAAGGCUGCACACUGUUCUUCUAUGAGACCGAUGACCGCUCCGGCAUUGACCACACCAGUGUCCCCAAGCACGCCGUGUGGGCAGAGAACAGCAUCGUCCAGGCCGUCCCCGAGCACCCCAAGAAGGACUUUGUCUUCUGCCUCAGUAACUCUCUGGGAGACGCCUUCCUCUUCCAGACGUGCAGUCAGACAGAGCUGGAGAACUGGAUCACUGCCAUCCACUCGGCCUGUGCCACGGCGGUCGCUCGGCAGCACCACAGAGAGGACACGGUCAGACUGCUCCGCACGGAGAUCAAACGCCUCGAACAGAAGAUCGACAUGGACGAGAAGAUGAAGAAGAUGGGAGACAUGCAGCUGUCUGCGGUCACGGACACCAAGAAGAGGAAGACCAUUCUGGACCAGAUUUUCUUGUGGGAGCAGAAUCUGGAGCAGUUUCACAUGGACUUGUUCAGGUUUCGCUGCUACCUCUCCAGUCUGCAGGGAGGGGAGCUGCCCAACCCAAAGCGUCUCCUGGCAUUCGCUUCACGCCCGACCAAGCUGGCAAUGGGACGCUUGGGGAUCUUCUCAGUAUCUUCCUUCCAUGCACUGGUGGCGGCUCGCACAGAAAGCGGAGUGCGGCGUCGGACCCAGGCCAUGUCGCGUUCAUGUAGCAAACGUAAAAGCCGGUUCUCCUCCCUGUGGGGGCUGGACACUACCUCAAAGAAGAAAACUAAAGCUCAUCCCACUAUUAACCAGGUCUUUGCUGAUGGCGACGAAACUGCAAAACCAACUGCAGAAGGUGUUUAUAUGGACCAUACCAAGGAACAUUCGAAAAGUGAGGAUGGCACAUUGACAAGUCUUCCACGCCCCAGCACAGAGAGUGACCUGUGGGUGCCCGAUCACCUCACUCCGUCCUGGGUGUGUCUGCCCAGCGACCAGCCCGUGCUGACCAUCAUCCAGCCCGGCGAUUCUGCACUGUGCGUCCUGGAGAAUAUAUGCAAGGCCCAUCACCUCGACCCCACCAAGCACUACUUACGUCUCAAGUUCCUCAUCGAAAAUCAAGUGCAAUUCUACAUCCCCAAACCCGAGGAGGAUGUGUGCGACCUGCUUUACAAAGAAAUUGAGAUCUGCUCCAAAAUAACCAAAGUCAUCCAGUUUGACAGAGACGAGUCCUGUAUGAUCGGAUAUGGUUUCUCCAUCUCUGUGGUGGAGGAGGACGGGGUGCAGCAGCUCUACAUCACAGACGUCAAAGCUGGAGGACUCGCCUUCGCCAAAGGUCUGAAUGCUGGAGACGAGAUCCUGCAGCUGAACGGGAAGGACGCCCCCUGUCUGAACUUCUGUGACAUGAAAGCGGCGUUCUCCCAGGCAUCUCUGUCCCUGACCGUCAGCACACUGCCCCCUGUGGAGCGGAGGCAGCUCUGCUUCCUGCCCCCGCGGCGCUCCGGGGCUGAAGACGACCUCUACACCGACAUCUUCUCUCAGAGCCAAGAGGAGAUCCUGGAUGACGGAGUGGGCUUGUUCUUGGAGAGCUCUGGAGACAGUCUGGACGAGGACUCGGAACUGUUCAGCGACUUUGACGAGUGCAGAAAGAGCACGGAGCAAGUGGCCGCGUUCUGCCGAAGCCUCCAUGAGAUGAACCCCACCGAGUGUCUGUCGUCCUCCCCCAGCCCGGAUUCGCCCUACCCGCCACCCACCCCUCCCCGGCAGCUCUCGGACGCAGACAAGCUUCGUAAAGUCAUCGGGGAGCUAGUGGAGACGGAGCGCACCUAUGUUAAAGAUCUCAACUGUCUCAUAGGGAGGUACCUGACCCCACUGCAGAAGGAAAGCUUUCUAACACAAGAUGAGCUGGACGUGCUGUUUGGGAAUCUGCCCGAGAUGGUGGAGUUCCAAGUGGAGUUUCUGAAAACGCUGGAAGACGGGACCAGGCUGGUGCCAGAUCUGGAGAAGCUGGAGAGGGUCGAGCAGUUUAAGAAAAUUCUCUUCUCGCUGGGCGGCUCAUUCCUCUACUACGCAGACCGUUUUAAGAUCUACAGCGCCUUCUGUGCCAGCCACACCAAAGUCCCCAAGGUCCUGGCUAAGGCCAAAUCAGACCCAGACUUCAAGGCCUUUCUCGACGAGAGGAACCCCAAACAGCAGCACUCGUCCACCCUGGAGUCGUACCUGAUCAAGCCCAUUCAGAGGGUGCUCAAGUACCCCCUCCUGCUCAAAGAACUCUACUCCCUCACAGACCCGGACAGUGAGGAGCACUACCACCUGGAUGUUGCUAUGAAAGCGAUGAACAAAGUGGCCAGCCAUAUCAACGAAAUGCAGAAGAUCCACGAGGAGUUUGGGGCCGUCUUCGAUCAACUCAUCACAGAGCAGAUCGGGGAGAAGAAAGAGGUCGCAGAUCUGUCCAUGGGAGAUCUCUUACUGCACACUACAGUCACAUGGCUCAACCCUCCAGCCUCGUUGGGAAAGUGGAAAAAAGAACCACAGAUGGCUACAUUCGUGUUCAAGACGGCAGUGGUCUUUGUCUGCAAGGAUGGGUCCAAACAGAAAAAGAAAAUGGGAGGCACGCACAGAGUGUCCAUGUCUUCCGAGGACAAGGACCCCUUCCGCUACCGCCACAUGAUUCCCACCAACUCUCUUCAAGUGCGCUCCUUGGCGAAUGCAGAUGGUGAGGGCUCGGCCGUCUGUGAGAUCGUCCACACUAAAUCAGAGUCAGAGGGUCGUCCGGAGAGGGCCUUUCAGCUCUGUUGCAGUUCCCCAGAGAGCAGGAAAGAGUUUGUGAAGUCUGUGCACUCCAUCCUGAGGGAGAAGCACAGGAGACAGCUGCUGAAGACUGAGAGCCUGCCCCUGAGCCAGCAGUACGUGCCCUUCGGAGGGAAGCGCCUGUGUGCCCUCAAGGGAGCCAGGCCCGUCAUAAAUAGAGCAGCCUCUGCACCCACCCGUACCCUGGGCAGGCGAAAGCUGGUGCGAAACCGCUUCACCAUCGACACGGACAUCGUAUUCGACAGCGACCCUGACCUGACCUCGCCCCCCGACCCCGCCGAAGCCACCCCGGAGCGGCUGCAGCGAGGCAACAGCGUCCCCCAGCCCCACAAGUCGGACACGGACCGCUGGGUGGAGGAGCAGUUCGACCUGGACGAGUACGAGGACCGCGACGAGAUGAAGGAGACGGACAUUCUGAGCGACGAGGACGAAGGAGUUCUGUGGAAGCUCAGGAAGGCCUCAACGGAAGAGCCGAUGUCCGCGCUGUCCAUGGAGAGCGAGGAGACGGAGAGCGAAGAUCUCAUGUCCCCGAUGGAGGACUUGAAGCGGAUCAGCAUUAGCGCGGGGGAAGAGGAGGAGCAACAGGCUGAAGAUGACGUUUGGAUCCGGAGAGGGUCCGCAGACUGUGAAGCGUAGAACUGUUUUGGACAAUAUAAUAUAAAUAAAAUAAAAUAAAAUAAGGUCCACCAUAACCCAGGGCUUGGCAUUAACAUAACUGGUCAAUAGCAGGUUAAAGGGCCCAUAUUAUUCUAUUUUGUCAUCGGUUAUAAUGUUGUUUACUCAUCAAAAACGUGUAAGAGUUGCGUAUUGUUUCAUUCAUACAUGUUUUUCAUCGAAAUUCCCACAAUAAUAUCGUGGACCAUUACAUUAUAUCGAAUUACAAGUCUCUGUGCUUAAAUUACGAGUUAUGGUGCAGCAACAGCUAAAAAUUUUUUUAAACAAGACAGUGGGAACUACAUAGACCAUGAUCCUUUGCU